CCCUUUGUGUGGGAGAAGAUGGCGGCGCGGGCGGGUUUCCAGUCCGUGACUCCCAACGCCGCCGGCGCUGGAGCCGCCGCUGGAACCGCUGGCUUGGGACCGGGCACUCCAAGCGGACCGGUUCGCAUGGGACCGGCUCCUGGACAAGGCUUGUACCGCUCCCCGUUACCGGGAGCCGCUUACCCGCGCCCCGGGAUGUUACCGGGCAGCCGGUUGGCACCUCAGGGCCCUUCCAUGGGGCCUCCCGGGUACGGCGGGAGCCCCGCGGUUCGGCCCGGGCUGGCCCAGGCCAGUCUGGAUCAGGCCCGCAAGAGACCGGCCCCGCAGCAGCUCCAGCAGGUCCAGCCCCAGGCUGUGCCCAACCGGAACCACAAUGCUAAAAAGAAGAAGAUGGCUGACAAAAUCCUACCUCAGAGGAUCCGUGAACUCGUUCCCGAGUCCCAGGCCUACAUGGAUCUGCUGGCAUUUGAGAGGAAACUGGAUCAGACAAUCAUGAGGAAACGCCUGGAUAUCCAGGAGGCUUUGAAGAGACCCAUUAAGCAAAAAAGAAAGCUCCGGAUUUUCAUCUCCAACACCUUCAAUCCAGCCAAGUCGGAUGCAGAGGAUGGGGAAGGAACUGUGGCUUCCUGGGAGCUUCGAGUGGAAGGACGACUGCUGGAAGAUUCUGCUUUGUCCAAAUAUGAUGCCACCAAGCAGAAAAGAAAGUUCUCAUCCUUCUUUAAAUCUCUGGUCAUUGAACUUGAUAAAGACCUGUAUGGCCCUGACAAUCACCUGGUAGAGUGGCACAGAACUGCUACAACUCAGGAGACAGAUGGCUUCCAGGUGAAGAGGCCAGGGGAUGUCAACGUGCGCUGCACCGUCCUCCUGAUGCUGGAUUACCAACCCCCCCAGUUCAAACUGGACCCCCGUUUAGCUCGGCUCCUGGGGAUCCACACUCAGACCCGUCCUGUCAUCAUCCAGGCCCUCUGGCAGUACAUCAAAACCCACAAACUCCAGGAUCCCCACGAGAGGGAAUAUGUCAUCUGUGACAAAUACCUCCAGCAGAUAUUUGAGUCUCAGCGGAUGAAGUUCUCAGAAAUCCCCCAAAGACUUCAUGCCUUGCUUAUGCCCCCAGAACCCAUCAUCAUUAAUCAUGUUAUCAGUGUUGACCCAAAUGACCAGAAGAAGACAGCUUGCUAUGACAUUGAUGUGGAGGUGGAUGACACCUUGAAAACUCAGAUGAAUUCUUUUCUCCUCUCCACUGCCAGCCAACAGGAAAUUGCUGCUCUGGAUAACAAGCAGUUGAGUUGCCGUGCUUAUCUCCUCCAGAUUCAUGAAACAAUAGAGACAAUUAACCAGCUGAAGACCCAGAGGGAGUUCAUGCUGAGCUUUGCCCGAGAUCCUCAGGGCUUCAUCAAUGAUUGGCUGCAGUCCCAGUGCAGGGAUUUAAAGACAAUGACUGAUGUUGUUGGGAAUCCUGAGGAGGAACGUCGAGCUGAGUUCUACUUCCAGCCCUGGGCUCAGGAAGCUGUGUGCAGAUAUUUCUACUCCAAGGUGCAGCAGAGACGGCAGGAACUGGAGCAGGCCCUGGGGAUCCGUAACACAUAGACUGCUCCUCUCCUCCCCAGCCAGAGGGCAUCCCAGCUUUUGGUGUGUGGAGACAAGAGCUGCAGAGUGCUGGCUGUUAAAAGCUCACAUCAGCCCAUUCUGGCAGUGAGGUCUGGCAUCAUUAUUCCUCCUGGCAUUGUCCCCACUGGGCAACACCAGGACACCUGGGGUAUUCUGGGGUGUGGCAAGCAGAUGGGCUCUAACCAACACACAUUUCUACCUGGUUUUCUUCCUGACUGUUGCCUUCUCAGUCCCAAGGCUUCUGAGAGCCUCCCUUUGACUCUGCACUACCUGUAGUGUCCCCCAGUAGCCAGUAUGACUCCUGACUUGGGAGCCUUUAGUUCAGAAACCACAGCCCAUUCCUCCCCAGUUAGCAGAUGGGAGACACUGGGUCAGGGAAGCCUGGACCUGCUCCAAGUGAGCAGCCUCUUCCCUGCCUCCUUUGAUAGCAAGGUGCUGGGAAUUGUAGUGGGCAGGAUGCCACGAGCUGAGAUACCUCCCUGCCCUCACUCCCUCUCUUGGAGGGUGCUGCUGCACUGGGCUGCCCCAUGGGUCACUCUCCUCCUUGAGGAAGUGACUGGACUGGGUAGAGAAUUGCUUCUUCUUCCCUUGCCCCUCUUUCCCUGCCCUCUUCCCUUUGUGUUGACAGAAAAUCCCAGGCUGGGAUCAGAGGGGAGUUGAGGUGUUGGCUUACUGCAGGGAUGUGGAAGCAUUCGGGUGAUGAAACUUCACUGCACUUG